UUUUCAGCCAUCGGGUGGUUCUUCGGACGCGACAGUCAUUCGCUAAAACCCGUCCGCAUCUCGCACGCGUAAACACCGUUGUGAUUGGUGCAUUUAUUUUUUUUGGUUCAUACUGUAGAUAUCUAUAAAGACAUCAAAUAAUAAAAGACAUAAACAGAUAUACAUAUAUGAUGACUUCAACAAAUGGCUCAGCAUGUACUAGUAAUCAACAUGGUAAAAAGAAUAAAUGCAACCAAAUGCUCCAACGGACUUGGGACUAUUUAGAAGACGGAGAAGCACCAGGAACGCCGAGAACUCCUAGAACUUCAACCACACCAGGUCAUGAGAAGUGCACUUUCCACCACGACCUCGAACUGGACCACAAACCACCUACCAGAGAAGCACUGAUUCCAGAAAUGUCCAGGUCGUACCGACUGCUUUUAGGUUCCUUAGGAGAAAAUCCCGAUAGACAAGGCCUUUUGAAAACGCCAGAACGGGCGGCCAAAGCCAUGUUAUUUUUUACGAAAGGCUAUGACCAAAAUUUAGAAGAGGUCUUAAAUGAUGCAAUUUUUGACGAAGACCACGACGAGAUGGUGGUAGUGAAAGAUAUCGAGAUGUUCUCCAUGUGCGAGCAUCACUUAGUGCCGUUCUACGGAAAAGUCUCUAUCGGAUAUUUACCCUCCGGUAAAGUGCUAGGUCUAAGUAAAUUGGCUAGGAUCGUGGAAAUCUUUUCCAGGCGACUUCAAGUGCAAGAAAGACUCACCAAACAGAUUGCUGUGGCAGUUUUAAAGGCGGUUCAGCCUAAUGGUGUAGCCGUGAUUAUAGAGGGAACGCAUAUGUGUAUGGUAAUGCGAGGAGUGCAAAAGAUCAAUAGCAAGACAGUAACUUCGACCAUGUUGGGUGUAUUUAGAGACGAUCAAAGAACUAGAGAGGAGUUUUUAAAACUGGCCCUUGGAAACUGAAGAGGAACAAGAAUAUAAUAUAUUUAAUAAAAACUAAAAAUGCCUCGAACUUGUAUUUUUAUGUCAGAGUUCUGAUUGACGAUACAGCUACACUCUUUUUUUUUCAAUCCUUUUUCUUUUAACACAGUGUAUUAUGUUUCUAAAUAAGCAUUAAUUAGAUAAAAACAUAUAAUGAACGCAAAUUUAUAAAUAAUAAGCAUACAUUUCAAAUGGUUUAGUGAUAAAUCCAACUAAAUACGAGUGCAUAAUAUAUUAUAGUAUGAAAUACCGUUAUUUAAAUGCAGCUCCAAUGUUUUAAUAAAAUAUUAAUAUAUAGACAUAUAUAUAUUAUGUUAAUAUGAUUUAAAAAUCAUUAAUUAAUACUUUUGCGUUUUAUAAAUAAAAUUUUCCAUAUUUUAGAAUUGUUCGUCAAUCAGAUCUUCUUAGAAUAAGCUUCUAUAUAAUAAGUAAAUAUUAAUUAUUAUUUUCUAUAAACAUUCUAAACCUUGAAAUUGAUUUUUUUCUCUGAUACCGUAAUUUGUUCUAUUUUAUAAUACAGUUCUUGCCAGUGAAUAUCUAAAUCAAGGUUUACAGCAUACUAUUAUUUGUGUAAAAAAUUGUUAUUGUUUUAAUAUUUCGUUCUUCUAUUAUACUGCCAAUUAACGGAAAUAGUUAUAGCUAGGAUAUACUAUAAAAAAUUGAGUAAUUACAUACAGUUUACAAAUAAUUGUCUUUAGAGAUAUAUUAUAGUUACUUAUUAUUAAACUUAAGUAGUAUAAGAAGGUAUUUUACAUGUAAAUUAUUUAUUUACCUAAAGACAUUUAUAUCAUAACACUGUUAUACAAUGCAUCUAUAAUAGGUAGAAAUGUAUUAAUUUAUAAUUUCUUAAUUUUAUAUUUUAAUCCUGACAAACAAUGCAUCAAGAAGGUUGUGGAUAUAAUUUUAAAUGCUUUUUUAUUUUCUAACACAUUGGAACUAUUAGUAGGUAAUUAUAAGUUUAAUCAGUUAGUAGGUACGUAGUGUCGGUUAGAUAAUUUAAUAUAAUUUAUUAUUUAUAAUUAGACAAUUUUUGUUAUCAAUAAUAUAUUCAUAACGAAAAUAAAGGACCAUGAAAUUAUUAAUAGAUAAAUAUAUAUUUAAAAAAUAUCUAUGUAUAUUAAAUGUUGUGUAUAUGUUAUGCUGUGAUAUAUAUAAAAACAAUAAAAAUAUUUCAAAUAUGUAUACAAAAGGUACUAAAUAUAUUUAUUAGGUUUGAAAAUUUUACGGAGGGUUGUUUUACUUUGUAAGAAAUAUGACGAAAAACUAUGUGUUGCCUAGAUAAGUUCAGUUAGACAUAUAGUUCGUAUUAAAUAAACUUUUAGUCACGUGAUCGGCACAGUGUUGCCCACUUUUACAUAUUUUCUUUUAAUCAAAAUAUUUUAGGAAACAAAAAUAAAUUAAUUAUAAAUAUAUGAA